UCCAGCUCGGAGUUGGCUAACAGCUAGUGUAACAUAACCAGGAGGGUGUUGCCUCCCCUGGCGGUGCAGUCAGUCACUUUAAAACAAACAUUUCGUAGUGUAGGCUACACGUUAGAAACUGUUUGGUAAGCCUACUCGAGUUGCUUGGAGUAGUAGAAAUACAUAAUGGGUGAUUUUGGUUUCAAUGAGCAUCACCAGAAUGAAGUCGUCAACUAUAUGCGCUUUGCCCGUGCCAAGAGGAUCCUGAGACUCAAGACCAUAGACUCCUGCUUUCAAGACCUGAAAGACAGCAGGCUGGUGGAAGACACGUUCACAGUGGACGAGGUGACUGAAAUGCUGGACGGUCUGCAGGUGGUGGUGCGUGGGGAGGUGGACACAGAGCUGCUGAACAUGGCUCACACCAACGUGCUGCUGCUGCGCCAGCUCUUCUCCCAGGCCGAGAAGUUCUACCUUCGGCUGCAGAGUGACAUCUCCGAGCUGGAGAACAGGGACCUUUUAGAACAAGUUGCUGAGUUUGAGAAGGCAGAUUUCAAAUCUGGAAGUAAGGAGAUCAGCAGACCAAAGUUAGCCCCACUAAACGAAGGUGGAGUGUCAGAGCUGCUGAACAAGGAAAUUGGAAGACUCCAGGAGGAGAACGACAAACUGAAAGCCAGAUUGCGAAUUCUAGAAUCUCAGGCUACGAGUGCUCUGGAUGAGCGGACCAAGGCAGAGAGAGCCCUGAAAGAUCUGCAGACGACCCAGGGGGAACAGCAGCAUGCUGUGCAGUCACAGGAAAUUAGCAGCCUGGAGGACACUGUGGCCUCCCUGCAGGCCGAGUUUCAGAAGUCUCUGAGCGCCAAGGAGGCCUCUCAGCGGGACCUGCAGGAGAACCUGGUGUCGGCCAAACAUGACCUGCUGCGCGUGCAGGACCAAUUGGCUCUGGCUGAGAAGGAGCUGGACAGAAAGUUCCAGGAGACGGCAGCAUACCGCAACAUGAAAGAGAUUCUGUCCAAGAAAAAUGAUCAGAUUAAAGACCUACGGCGGCGCCUACAGAAGUACGAAGCAGAUGACUGAUAACUGGUACCAGUCAUAACUCUAAAGAGGAAGAGACAAAUCAUCAUGAAAACUACAAGCUUGUAGGAGUUUGACUCCAAAACUCCUGACUUGGGGCUUUGCCUAUGAGAAGAAGGGAAAAAAAGAAAAGGGCUUUUUAACACUGACAUGCAAUUGAAACUCAAUUGCUGAGAUAUCUGAAUAUGUAUACGCUUUCUAAGAACAGUGCAGCUCAUUUAUCACAAUCUGCCUAUAACAAGAGCAGCUUUCUCCGGUGAAAGGAGGCUCUGUAGACGUUCACCUCAUUUAGACCCUUGCAGCCUGGUGUAGUGAAGAGGUAGAUGAAGGUGGAGGAAAAGGCACCAUUUUCGCUUACAAACACACUUUUUUUUAUUUUUUACUUUUGUUGACAAUGCAGACUCCAUGUCUUACCUUUCUGUGAAUCUCUGCAGUGUCUGCGGAAGGCUGUUUUUUUUUUAUUAUGCUAGCUGAAAAGCACUUUGCAAGCACUAUCACGCCAGUAGGGAAGGGAGGGAGGGUAUUUUGAAGGCCUCUACCCUUCCACACCCACAGAUUGAAUACGCCUGACUGGGACCAUAGUAGCCUCAAGCUCCAUUUGACAUAGGGAACAUAUUUCUAUGACAUAGUCAUUUAUUGUCUCUUAAGGAGACUUCACUAGGCUUUACUCUCAUUUUCUGUAUCUCUACAGAAAAGCAGUUCUAUCAUGCCAUGUUUUUUUCUGAUUUAACAUGCUCACUUGUUUAGAUGGCUAUUUGUAGCUGUGUAGCUACGCUCACCCUCGGCCAUUCUUUUUUGGUACUGACAGCACAUUCCAAAGAAGGAAACGUGUUUACAUCUAAUGACAUGUAAUCAUAAUGUUAAUUUAAUUAUUUGUUUGUUUCAGUUGAAUCUAUUUUAUGUAUUUUCUUUGUCUCUUACAUGCCAUUCAAGGUAUAGCCUACUUUGCAUUCGCAUAACUACUUGCAUCGGAUUGUUUGUU